CAUGAUGAAAUAGCAAGCAAGCAAAUGGCUGCCUGCUUGAAAUCGCCAUUCUAGAAAUCCUGAUAAAAUAAUCCGAUGUAAUUACAUGAAUUAUGCGCUCUUUAUGAUCAUGAUUAGCGAAAUAACAAUCUAAGAUAUAUAAAGAACAAAGAUUAUUGAAUAUUCCUGGCAGAAAUCCUGCCCUACUCUGAAAAGUAAUCCUAAAAUCUAGCUUACACAAUUCUCAUUCAAAAUAAAAUUUAUUGUGAGUGUUCGGGAUCGGCGCACGUUCGUUAACAUCUCAGUUUAUGUAAUGUGAAGAGGGGACACGGGCGGGCGCCCCGCCCCCUUAAUCAAUCAUGGAACGAAGCUACGACAAACGGCAUGGAAAGCACCACAAGGAAAAGCACAAGAAACGGGCUCACAAGAAGUACCGUUCUCCAAGUGGUAGUCAUGACCAAUCUUAUGCUACUGUUAAUUCUGUCAAACCUCUGGUUGAAUAUUCCGAUGUCAGUUCGGAGGCUCUUUCUGCCCCAGAGGCUGGGGAAAUUGAGAGUGAGGCUAGCUCGAUCAGUCGGCACUUUGCAGAUGACUUAGACCGAACGAGGAAGUCUCACCAUAUCCGUACAUUUGUAGAUAAUACUAUAUCAGUCACAACUAUGAGCCAUCGGCCAGACGAGUAUACGAUGGAAGCGUCGGCGUCUCGCGGCCGAAGGUUGGAGUAUGUGGAGGCAGACCCGGACUUCGAUAAGCACCGAUAUAAGAAAAAGAAGGAGAAAAGGAAGAAAGAAAAAAAGAAGAGGAAGAAGAAGUCUAAGCACCAGUCGAGGUCUGCUAGUUUGGAGAGUGUGUCUCCAGAUGAGAUAAUUCCCACAGAGACGCCGGUGCGACCGCCUAGUCCUCAAAGAUAUCAGAGGGUUCCUAUCAGUGAGUGGGAGAAAGGAUCAUCCCCGCUGCCAAACGGGUCUUGCUCGCCGGUGUCGCCGUCGACGCCUCCGCCCCGCCAUGAGUUGUCCCCGAGACACCGGGCGCCUCACCCGGAGACUUUGCACCGCAACCCCAUCCCAUUCUCGCCACAUCGGGACAGAUCACCUGUCAGGAGGCGACAGAAAUCAUCUACUCCGCACACACCAUUGGUCCCCCCCUACCAUGAUACGGUCACAAUAGAUUCCGACAACGAGCCGGAAUACGAGCGUGGUAGGAGGGCGGAUUACAUGCCGUGGCAUGAGCAGAGGGUGCAGUCGCCUAUUAUGGUGUCAGAUUCGCCAAUACACGAAGUGCGUGCCCGAGACUACAGCCCCCGGAGGUCGCAUCGCCGCCGGAGCCGCAGUCGUAGGCAUCGAAGUAGGGAUAAGGAGAGGCAUCGGGAGGUCCGGGGUUCACAUAGGUCUCACAGCCGCAGCUCGCUGAAGCGGCGGCGGUCGGUGUCGCGCGGGCGGCGGCGCGGCUCCACCGCCUCGCCGCCGCGGCACCGCGCGCGACACCGCGACGAGCGCGAGCGGCCCAGGCCAAAACACGAGUCGCCGAGCCCGCCUACGCCUGUGUUGCAGCGUAAAUUUGAUUUCAAGGAGAAAAUUAGCGAUACCAGCCUAUUCGCGGAACUUGUCAAGGAUAAGCACAAGAGAGCCAAGAAAUUACAAGAGAUCCUGAACCAAAAAGAGGAGGAGUCCCAGGGCGCCAACUCCAGCACUUCCCUCAACAACCAGGAGGUGCUUACCAUUGACGAGCUCUCAAACGCUACUGCAGACAGUACCACACAGCCAUCAAAAGAGAACGGCGAUGUUCCGAUUGAGAGCCAAGUGACUUUGGACAUUCCGAUGCCAUCCAGUGUGAACGAGCCCGAGCCCAGCAUCAGUGCGGACCACACUAACGGAGAGAAGCAGCUGAGCAACGGGGCUGAGCCGCCGCCGCCGCCUCCGCCCAAGAGGAGCCUCACUACAUUACCCAUGCCGCCCAAUACACAUGUGGAGGAUCUAAAAACGCUUGCCAAUGAGAGUCCAUUGAGCACACCGUCCCCGAGCCCCGUGAAGAAGCCGGAGAAAAAGAAGACUGGCAUAAUGAACCUUCCAAUGCCUCCAGUGAUUCCCGGAUCUGAAGAGCUAUCAGGCGAUGAGUUGGAAGCGUCCACUCCUCCGCCGGCGUCGAGACGAGACCAAUACUCACACGUGUUCAGCAACAGAGCCGCCUCGGCCAAUAACAUGGGAUCAAAACUGAAGAGGCCCCGCAUACUGAAGCGGCGCGGGUCGAAGGUGGUCCCCGUGGCGACGCCCGCGCACCACGCCAAGGACUGGGGCGAGAAGUGCGUCGACGGGUUUCAGGUGAUCAUCCAAAUCGGCGAGGGCACAUACGGGCAGGUGUACAAAGCUCUUGACAAGAACACCGACCAACUGGUUGCCCUGAAGAAGGUCCGGCUGGAGAACGAGAAGGAGGGCUUCCCCAUCACCGCGGUGAGGGAGAUCAAGAUCCUGAGGCAGCUCAACCACAAGAACAUUGUCAACUUGCGGGAGAUUGUCACGGACAAGCAGGACGCUAUGGACUUUAGGAAAGACAAGGGCUCGUUCUACCUAGUCUUCGAGUACAUGGACCACGAUCUCAUGGGGCUCCUGGAAUCCAAGAUGGUGGACUUCACAGAGUCUCACAACGCGUCCAUAAUGCGUCAGUUGCUAGACGGCCUCGCCUACUGUCACAGGAAGAACUUCUUGCAUCGAGACAUCAAGUGUAGUAAUAUACUUAUGAACAAUAAGGGCGAAGUGAAACUCGGUGACUUUGGUCUGGCGAGAUUGUGGUCCGCCGAGGACAGGCAACGGCCUUACACAAACAAAGUGAUCACGCUGUGGUACAGGCCACCGGAAUUGUUGUUAGGCGAAGAACGUUACGGACCAGCCGUAGACGUGUGGUCCAUGGGCUGUAUACUGGGUGAGCUGUUUCUGAAGCAUCCGCUGUUCCAGGCGAAUGUGGAAAUGAUGCAACUGGAGAUGAUAUCACGAGUGUGUGGUACACCGGUGCCUGGAGUUUGGCCGAACGUGGUCAACCUGCCACUCUGGCACACGUUAAGGCCGAAGAGGUUCCACAAACGUUGUGUCCGGGAACAGUUCUCGUUCAUGCCCACACCGGCUUUGAAUCUGCUGGAUCGGAUGUUGGAGUUGGAUCCGGAUAAGAGGAUUACGGCCGAGGAGGCUUUGAAGAGUCCGUGGUUGAAGAAUGUUGUGCCUGAUCAAAUGCCGGCCCCAGAGCUGCCGACGUGGCAGGACUGCCACGAGCUGUGGUCCAAGCAGCGCCGGCGGCAGCAGCGAGAGCAGCAGGACCAGCAGGGCAAGCCCAAAUACUUCGACGAGAAAGACCCCAACUUCAAAAACGACCAGCCCGACUUCAAAACGGACAACUACAAGGCCGAGAGCGGGUUCAAACCGACAGAGCCCAAUCCGGAGACAGUGGGGCAAGUGAAAUAGCAUAUGUACUAUUACUGUGGAAAGAAACAGUACUAUUUGUGAGACAUAACGGUGCUUUAGUAGACCAAUUGACUUUGUGAUUUAAUUAAGUAUGGGUUACAUGGUCCGGGGGCGGCGUAGAAACGGUUACUGAGGGGGCCGGCCCUACCAUACGACAAAUCUGAGGUGCCAAAUGCCAAAGGACGCCCUAAGUAGAGUUCAUUGGUGUUUCAAUUGACAAAUUAGACCUAAGAUCGGCUUGAUUUGGGUGGAUAACAGUGACUAGAGCUCUAAAUAUAUGUUAAUUCAAGUUCUAGAUGUAUAUAACUGUUCGUUUGGAAUAUUCAUAGACAACUCAUUCCAUGUGCCUACCAAACGUUUAGUGAAUUUGCUUCGUGAUAAGUGUAAUUAAACGAUGUAUGUACUAGAAAUAAAUUAAUAUUGAGAUCUUCCCAGUCCUUUUGCACGUGCACGUAUAAUUGUAAAUAUGUAGAAAUGAAAUUAAAAUUAGAAGAGGGGCGCCAUGAUUGCAUCUCGCACUAUGUUUUAAACCUGCCUUGGGCCGGCACUUACAGUUUCGAAUGAGUAUUUUUAAUGUCGACGGCUAAAUGUCAACACUUUAAUGACUGACGAUUUAAUAUAUACUUCUUAAACAUAAACUUUGUAUUAUUUGAAAUAUCUUGGUUCCUUCAGCAUUUUUGGUAUCAAAACCUAUGGAGUACGCUUAAAUAAAUGAAUUAUUAAUUAUUUUAAAUUGCUCUAAUUUCGAGCAAUUGGCUGUGAAAUCAAGAUCCAAUUGGGCUCCAUUUCAAGGUACAGUUUUAUUUUCACCUAGUAUUGAACCUAAAAUGGUUUUGAAUUUGAUCUACAAAACAUAAAGACUGAAUAAGACAGACGCACUACAUGAUCUUAUGUGGUGUAUAGACCACAUGUUUAUUUUUAUUUUGAAAAUUUACUUGGAAUUUAAUUCGAGUAUAAGAAGACUGAAUUUGCUUUUCUUUUAGUGCAAUAAAUAGUUAAUUUAUUUAAAUAAGACCCAGGCCAAUUAGAAUAAUAACCUUAUCUGGAUGAAAGACCAAAUCUGAGAAGUCGCAUUCAAAGGCACUACACUGCAGACAUUUUAAAUUGACAUUUUUGUUCAAAAAUUUCCGAUAUGGCAAUAACUAUCGAAAGAAUUAGUAGGUUUAAAUUGUUUAGAAAAAGCUAUUUGAAUAGAAUAUUGCUUAAGUGUUAAAAAUAUUUAUUUUCUCCUUUUUUAACAUUAUUUUCUAGUAAAAAAUAUAAGCGUUAUUUGUUACCUACAUAUAACUAGUUGACAAUGGUACUUCGAUUCUCGAACGAAAGGCUUAAUUCAUCAUUAUUAUUGAAUCUAAAAUAAUUAGAUACAUAUGUAGUAAUUAAUAAAAUGCCAUUAUAAAUUGCAAAAAAUAAUUUAUUUGCUCAAAAUGUAUAAUUUAUGGUAGAUAAAUUUGACCUGUUUGUUUAAACAAGCCAAAACCAAAUGGUUUUUCUGCCGUUGACAUACUACACAGGCGGUCCUAUUUCUCAUUAUUAUAUUCCCUUUCUACUAUGUAGUUAAUAUUAUUUUAAUGGCAACACUCCUGAACGACAGGAAUAUUAUUUGUUUAUGUGGCAACACCUUGAUGUAACCAUGUUUCUACGCCCGCCUCGAUUACGGCAAUCUUCCGAAUGACGUGCAAAACGCGUACCAAAAUUAUAAAAUUAUAUUAACCAAAGUGGAAAUAGAAGUAGUAUCUGCGGUCGCAGAAAAAAAUGUAUAUAAAUGUAUAUAUUAGUUAGACAUGUAAGAACAAGUCGUUUGGCAAGCGAACAUAAUAUUUGCUGUUACGAAUGAGGAUGGAGCGAAAUAAGUAUGCAGAGAUCGUGGAUAGAUGUAGUCUCUGCCUGCCCCUCUGGGGAAGAGGCGUGAUUUUAUGUUAGUAAUGUCGAAUAACAUGGUUCAUGUAUGAUCGUGUAGUUAAUAAUUCGUGCAAUCACAGGUUUUAUUAUGAGGAUAAUAAAGGCUAGUUUUUUAUGUGCAUUAACAGAUCUUUAAUUCACAUAUAAAAUAGAUUUCUAUUUUAAAAUGUUACAUUGGUAAAUAAACUAAUCGCCUUAAAAGCUGUGUAGAUACAGAUAUGUCCCAUAUUUACAGAUAAUAUAAAGGUUAAGGAUAUAAAGAAAACUGAAUAAUCACGUUAUUUCAAGAGAACGAUCAUUUUUGGUAACUAUCCUCGUUCUGGCUCAAGUAUACAGUCACGAGGGAUCUAUACCCUCUUAUUACCUUUCACCGGGUUCUCUACAAUCGUGUGUCUAAGUGGUGUAACACUGGUGUCAUGUUUCAGGCGGCCUAAUGGCAUCUGACAUAGGUUUACGUCAGCCAUCUUGUGAUUACACCCGGGACUAACGGCUUAACCUCUUGAGUUACCGAACCCGCGAUUCGUUUUACAACCGCAUCUGCCGUUUUGAAUUCAAUUUAUCGAGCGAGUAAGGAGGAAGUAUGCAGAGAUCGUGGCAAGUGUAAAGAUGUAGUCUCUGCCUACCCCUCCGGGAAAAUGGCGUGAGUUUAUGUAUGUAUGUAAAAUUACGGAAUGCAAUAAAUGUUUUAUCCCAUUACCAAUAACGUACACGUUAAUAUGCCUAGAAAUCUGUGAAUGCAGAACUAAAGACAAGUGGAAUUGGCUGUAUUUAUUUCAAGGAAUCAUCAGUUGUGGAUUCCCAAUAGGAAUUAGGUCCUUAUAGUUGGCAUUUAUGUAAGUAUUAAUUAAUAAUGUUGUAUAUUUAUGUCGGCAACCGGCAAUGCAUAUAGUGAUGUUUUGUAGAUUUAAGUAAUAUAUCGUGCUGUUGAGACUUCACAAAUGUUUAAAAUAUCAUACGGUGUACAUUCGCUAUUAUUUUUGUAACGUGAAGAAUUGUAAAUAAUAUGUAUGCGAGGAUAGUUGGUUGCGUAUUUUUAAGUUUUUUUUUAAUAUUGUUUAUUGACAUGUCCAGUGUUGUCACUAAUAAAUAAAAAAUGAGUAGGUGAAAGUUUCUCAGAAAAGGUUUAAAAUUGUUGAUUUCUUAUAAAUUAUGUUAGUUUACUUAUCGUUUUAUUACAAGCUUACAAUACAUCUAGA